AUUUGUACGAGCUGAGUGCAGGCAAAAUCAAAUCCUCUCUUGCUUGUACGGGGCUUGGUUAUUGCCUGACCAUUAUCUAUAAAAGUCACCACAUUCUCUAAUAUUUCGACUAAUUAAAUAUCGAAGUACCUUGCCUCACAUACAUUUCAAGACAAAAUACGCACCCAAUUGACGACUAUGGACGUGGAUACGGAAGCUCUCAUGGCGGGCAUCCAAGCUCUCAUUUAUGGCGUAGUUGCCGCCAUUAAAACAGCUUUCGAUGCCCAAGAUAUGCACGAUCAUCAGAGAGAUUUCACCACAAACUUUGUGGAAGUUGCUCGACGACAGUAUCCCGAAUGGAACGUCGUAAUCACUUGCCAGAAUACGGACCGCCACUUUGUCAACGAGAUUCAUCAAAAUACCGAAGUGGAUUUGGGUGUCUUUGGUAAACGCCACUACGACGUUUACUUUUGCACUUCGGGCGACUUUACAAGAUAUGGCGACGGCGGGUUCGAGAACUGGUGCUUCAAUGGCAAUUAUGUUCGAGACGGAGACCAUGUCACCUUUUAUCCGAUUGAAUUGCACGAGCCACAGCCACCAAUCCAAGAUCGGCCAACUCCACCAAUCCACGUCCAGAAGAAGGACGGCGUCUACCUUGUCAACUCCAUCCGCGGCAGCGAACGGUCUAGCGGCCUUGCGUACUACAAGAACAUGACAUUUGGCGGAAAUGACGGCCAGCAGCCUGACGACUAUGUCGACAUUGUACACGGUGAGCUGCUAAAUUGGGAGGGACAGCACAGUGGCACGUUUGGCAACCAAACAAAAUUUACAACAUGGAUCAAUGCCGGUGCAGCAGGGCUAGAGAGCGGCACAAUGUGUGGAGGCGCGUCAAAUGAGUUUCGCACUAUGGAGAUUUUCCGGGACAAGUCCCGUGUGCUCUAUGAGAUUGAUGGAUGGAAAGUUUUCACCGAGUUCUGGUGCAAUUGAAGACACCUAAGGCUUUCUAUGUCGGACCGCUAGAUGUAUGCUACGAGGAUUGUGGGUGUGGGCUAAAUUUAUUGAAAUC